AUGCUUCUGAAUCAGUCCAAUGGGAUUCGGAUCACCACCAAACAGAUAGCUGGCUGGCAGCGGAUUCCUAAUACAUCGAUCCAGUCAAAGCCUCUCAUUAUCUACCAUAACGCCUUUGAUGCAACGCCAUCCGAGCUGGCAGCGCAUUUGGAGAAGGUCGGUGCAGUUUCCCCUCAGUGGACGUACACCAUGUACAACACGACGCACUACCACUCGACCACUCACGAGGUUCUGGGGGUUGUCUCGGGCCGUGCGCGGCUCUGCUUUGGAGGAGAGGGGAAUCCCAACCGCUUCGAGCCAACCGUUGGGAAGGGGGAUCUGAUCAUUGUUCCUGCCGGUGUUGGCCAUAGGCUGCUAGUUGACUUGGACGCCCACCAGAAUGCGUUCAAAAUGCUUGGUGCUUAUCCACCAGGCAAGCAGUGGGAUAUGUGCUAUGGGAAACCGGGGGAGGAAGAGAAGGCUGGGACCAUCAAGAAGCUGGCAUGGUUUCACCUGGAUCCUCUGUAUGGAAGGAAUGGGCCAGUUUUGCAUGUUUAG